CCGGCGAGCUGCUUUCUGGCUCCGCGCUCAGCCCCUGCCUGGGUCCGCCUCGGCCAUGACCUCCAAACAAACCAAAAAGAAAGAGGUGCAUCGUAUCAAUUCGGCGCACGGAUCGGAUAAAUACAGAGAUCAGUACACUUUGGGCAGCAAUGCGCAGUCUAGUUCCGUCGAACAGAAGAAGGGGAAAUUCCCAAUCUGGCCAGAAUGGAGUGAAGCUGACAUAAACGCAGAGAAGUGGGACGCGGGCAAAGGUGGAAAAGAAAAGGACAAAAUGGGGAAAAGCCCCAUAUUUCAUUUUUUUGAAGAUCCUGAAGGAAAGAUUGAAUUACCACCAUCACUGAAAAUUUAUUCCUGGAAACGUCCACAGGAUUUUUUAAUUAAUCGGGUUCCCGUAGUUGUGAAAAAUGAAAUCCUGUUUGACUUGUUUUCAGCAAAUGAGCAUUUACUCUGCAGUGAGGUAUGUAAAGAAGAAGGAACCAAAGCUCGGUGCAGGAUGCCCUGCAGCCCUGCCUGGACGAUUCCCUCUCAGCUGAUGCGAUGGAUUAUCAGUGAAAUCUAUGCUGUGUGGAAGAUCUUCAACGCUGGCGUGUUGAGCAAUUAUUUUAAAGGGACUGUAGGGGAGCCCCCCCUUCUCAUCUGGAAGCCCUGGGAACACAUAUAUUCUCUGUGCAAGGCUGUAAAGGGCCACAUGCCUCUGUUCAAUAGUUAUGGAAAGUAUGUUGUGAAACUUUACUGGAUGGGUUGCUGGAGAAAGAUAACUGUUGAUGACUUUCUGCCUUUUGAUGAAGAUAACAAUCUGUUGCUUCCAGCUACAACCUGUGAAUUUGAACUCUGGCCAAUGCUUCUGUCUAAAGCUAUCAUUAAACUGGCAAAUGUUGACAUCCAUGCAGCCGAGAGGCGAGAACUGGGCGAGUUCACGGUUAUUCAUGCUCUCACAGGGUGGCUACCAGAAGUCAUUUCUCUCCACCCAGGAUAUAAGGACAAAGUUUGGGAGCUCUUGAAAGAAAUAUUGCCUGAAUUUAAGCUGUCAGAUGAGUCCAGCUCUGAAAGCAAAAUAACAGUGGUAGAUACCAAAUUAAAAGAACCAGCGAAGGAAGUGAAAGAUGGCAAAGAAUUCAAACCUGAAAGCUCAGUGACAACACUAAAGACACCUGAAAAAAGUGACAAAAUUCCAAAGGAGAAAGCAGAUGCGAAAGACCUUGGGAAGAAGCGGAGUAAAGAUGGAGAAAAGGAAAAGGAAAAGGACAAAUUCAAAUGGUCACUGCACGGCUCCCGACCCUCGUCAGACGUCCAGCACUCUCUGCUGUCUCUGUCAGACUGUUCUUCAGGAAUGCAGGCCCCUCACAUGGUUGUGUAUGCUACCUUUACACCUCUCUAUUUGUUUGAAAAGAAGAUCUUCUCCUUAGAGAAGAUGGCCGAUUCUGCGGAGAAGCUGAGAGAGUGCGGGCUUUCCCACAUCUGUAGCCACCCUGUGCUGGUGACCAGAACCAGGUCUUGCCCAGUAAUAGCACCACCAAAGUCACCUCUUGUCCCUCCCUGGAAACUCUUCCGUCAGAAAAAAGAAAGGGUCAUAACAGAUGAGGCUCAAGAAUUGGUAAUAAAGAAGCCUGAGCAGUUUCUUGAGAUUUCAAGUCCGUUUUUGAAUUAUAGAAUGACUCCGUUUCCAAUUCCAACAGAAACUCAGUUUGUAAAAUCUUUUAUUAAGAAGGGGGUGGCUCCAAGAUCUAGUCUAUUUUCCCUUACUGAAAAUGAAGAAACUGCCACCCUCAGCCAGACAGACUUAAGUCAAUUGACGGCAACUGCGUCUCAGGGUAAUCUUGCUUCACAAGUUACAUCUGGAAAAGAUGAACUAACAGACCUUGGAAUGAAUGACGCAGCUCAUCAAGCUGAGGGAAUCGGUUUAGAAAGAGAUUUGGUCAGCCAGGUGACAGAGACACAGGAAAAGUCACAGGAGGACCUUAUAGCAAUAAAUAAUGGUGUUUCUAAAGAAAUAUGGCUAGAUUUUGAAGACUUUUGUGUAUGCUUUCAGAAUAUAUGUAUUUUCCACAGGCCAAGUUCAUAUUGCUUGACCUUUCAAAAAACAGAAUUCAAGUUCUCGGAUGAACGUGUGUCCUACUAUCUGUUUGUGGAUAGUCUAAAACCUAUUGAACUACUGGUUUGUUUUUCUGCAUUGGUCCGCUGGGGAGAAUCUGGAGCUUUAACAAAAGGCAGCCCUCCCGUAGAGCCUGGACUACUUAUAGCUGAGACAGUUUCUUGGAAAUCUCUGAAGCCAGGCGAUCUGGUUCUGAAGAUUCAUACCUAUGCCACCAAGGCUACCAUAGUUCGCCUGCCUGUCGGGAGGCACAUGCUGCUCUUCACUGCCUACUCCCCAGUGGGGCAUUCCAUAAACAUCUGCAGCAUGAUGACUUUCGUCGUUGGGGAUGAAGAUGUCGUGCUACCUAACUUCGAGCCGGAGAGCUACCGAUUCACAGAGCAGUCGCUAACCAUUUUGAAAGCUGUCGGAAAUGUGAUCGCUCAUUUCAAAGAUAAGCGCAAACUUCCCAGAGCUCUGAGGGAUCUGCAAACAGCUCACUACCCUUUGCCCCUCCGUGACAAGGAGCUAACUGCCCAGCACUUCAGGGUUUUUCAUAUUUCUUUAUGGCGUUUACUGAAAAAAACUCAAAUAACAAAACCUCUUGCAAACUUCAAAUUUGCAUUCCGUGCCAUGGUUCUGGACUUGGACUUACUUGAUUCCUCCUUGGAAGAUGUUUCUUUAGCGGAAUGGGUAGACGUUAAAUAUUCUGUGCCAGCGAGUGAUAAAGAGUCUUCUCCUGAGGAAGUAGCAGCAGCAAUUAAAAUUCAAGCCAUGUGGAGAGGGUCUUACGUCAGAUUGCUUAUGAAAGCUAGGACACCAGACACAAAAGAAAAUACCAGUGUUGCAGACACUCUUCAGAAAGUUUGGGCUGUCCUGGAACUGAAUGCAGAACAGUAUGCAAUUUCUCUCUUAAGACUAAUGUUUAAAAGCAAAUGCAAGUCUAUGGAAUCUUAUCCAUGCUAUCAAGAUGAAGAAACAAAGAUUGCUUUUGCUGACUAUACCGUGACAUAUCCUGACCAGCCACCAAAUAGUUGGUUUAUAGUAUUCAGAGAAACAUUUUUGUUUCCUCAAGAUAUGAUUUUGGUUCCCAAAGUAUAUACUACACUUCCAGUUUGCAUGCUCCACGUUGUUAAUAAUGACACAAUGGAACAAGUGCCAAAGGUAUUCCAAAAAGUGGUGCCAUAUCUUUAUACCAAAAACAAGAAAGGAUACACAUUCGUGGGUGAAGCAUAUACUGGAGACUCAUAUGUGUCAUCCUCACGAUGGAAACUGCGCCUCAUUGGUCCUUAUAAUCCACUCCCGUGCCUCUCUCGAGACUCUCCAUGCAACACCUUUACCAUAAAGGAAAUCAGAGAUUACUACAUACCCAACGAUAAGAAAAUUUUAUUCAGGUAUUCGGUUAAAGUUGCUUUACCACAUCCUGUUACAGUACACGUACGUACCUCCAAACCAGAUGCAUUCAUCAAGCUACAGAUUCUAGAAAAUGAAGAAACUAUAGUGAGCUCCACCGGGAAAGGCCAAGCCUUAAUCCCAGCAAUUAACAUCUUGGGAAAUGAAAAAACUGUGAGCUCCCAGUCUAGCAAGCAAGUUCUUUUAACCCAUGCUUCACCCAAGAAAGAGCAAGAAUUGUUAGCUAAGAAGAAAUCUGCCCCGGGAAGUCAGAAGUCCUAUAAGGGCAAACCUGGAAGUGCAGUGGUGGACAGUGGCCAGCCUAUUUUGGACGAGGAAUCUGUCAGUUUGCCCACUGUGGAAGAAAAUGCUAGUACGCCACAGCAGGUUUACAAGUACAUCAUACAGUGUUUGGUGUUAUAUAACAGCUGGCCUCUCACUGAAAGUCAACUGACUUUUGUUCAAGCACUGAAAGAGUUAGAGAAAAGUGAUAGCAAAGCUCAUGGAGAAAAACAUGAGGAAUUAAUUACCUUGGGAAGCCCAGAUUCCCACGCUAUCAGUGAGGGGCAAAAAUCUUCAGGAACUUCCAAAACAACAAGAAAAGGCAAAGAAAAGUCUUCUGAGAAAGAAAAGACAGCCAAAGAAAAACAAGCACCUCGCUUUGAGCCUCAGCAGAUGUCCACUGCCCACUCUCAACAAGAAGACCCAAAUAAACCCUACUGGAUUCUGCGGUUGGUCACUGAACACAGUGAAGCAGAUUCUUUUGAAGUGAAAAAAGAUACCGAACGAGCAGAUGAAAUCCGAGCCAUGAAGCAAGCCUGGGAGUCGGCUGAGCCAGGAAGAGCAAUCAAGGCUUCUCAGGCUCGUCUGCAUUACCUCAGCCGGAUAUUUAAGAAAAUUCCUGAUUUUGAGAGCAUGCCUGUGUGUGAAAGUCAAACCAGAGCAGGGGAAGAAGAAACAUCUGCAGGUGCCACAAAAGAGCCAGAGGCAAAGUAUUCCUUGAAUUCGGAGGCAAAAGAGAGCACAGCAUUAGGGAGUAUGCUAUGGAAGAAGUGGCAACUAACCACGGGCUUGAAGGAUCUGGCAAAAUCGAUGAACACUGAAAGUGGAGGAGGGUUUCCAGGAGGGAAGGAGGAGCGAGAGCAGAGCCAGCGGAAGGAAAACAUGGGGCCUCAUUCACGAUCCCCAACUCUUUUGGAAAUAUCUCCUCAACUUAUUCGAAAAGAGCUAGAAUGUGUGGACUUAACUCAAUAUGUUCGGAAAACAAAUACUGAGCCUAUGCUGCAAACAGAGGAACUAAACCAGCAGGAAGCGAUGCAAAAAGCAGAGGAGGUCCAUCAGUUUCGAGAGUACAGGGCGAGAAUCCUCAGCAUUCGAGACAUUGACCAGGAAGAACGAGUGAAGUCGAAGGAUAAAGUCCUGGAGAUGUAUGGCGAGAUGAGGGACUCCUUAGACGAAGCCAGACAUAAAAUCUUCACCAUCCGGGACGAGUAUAGACAUAAGCUGCUGGAAGCUGAGCGCCUGAGGUUGGAGGCGCUGGCUGCGGAGGAAGCAGCGAUGAAGGUGGAGCCGGAAAAGAAGAUCCCAGCCCCUGACGCACAGAAAAAAAAGAAAGGAAAGAAAAAGUAGCCAGGAGUUGCUGAAUACUACCUUUCUUCUUCCGAAGAAGACCCUACUUUUAAUGAUCAAUAACUUCGCUCGUUGAUAAGCUAUUAGGCUAAUUGAAAAUAGAAGUUUUCCUACCUUAAAAAUAGUUUCUGCAUUUUAAUGUUAAUUUGUUAGUUUUUCUCAGAAAGGUAUUAUUUGAAGCCGAGUAUAAAUUUUUCUAAUUUCAAUAAAAAUUGCCUCCAAAUACUUAGAUGUAAUAAAAUUUAUAUGAGUUGCUUUGAAUUGCUGCGUUUUUAAUUAGUACUAAAACAAGAUCAUAAUGGAGCCAACAGGAUUGACUUUGAAAAA